CCCCUUUAAGCGGCGCGGCGGAGGGUCCCGCCCGCUCAUUUCCGAGCGCGCAGGAAGUGCAGGCGGGCUCCGCGCCGGCCCGCGCGGUUCUGUCUUCGUUUUGCUGACUCAAACCACAGAUUCCAAGGAAAGGAGGGGAAGUGGAAUAAAAUACUCAAGUGCCAGAGGAAAAGCAAGACUAGCCAAUGAAAAUUAUUAUUACUGAACUGUAGAUUGCUCUCACACAUAGUGGGGGGGGGGAAAUUGCUGUCUGUUCAAAGCUUACAAAAUUACUUUUGCAGAUUUCCUUCACAAAACUUCAAAUAAGCUAGGCCCCUUCAACUAGGGCUGAAUUAGGAAAUGGAAAUAUGAUUCCUUGCUGGUGUCUUCAAUCUUCCUCUGCCUUUGCAGGCUUUUUUUGUUUGGGGUAGGAAAUCCUGAACAAAUUGUAUGGCGUCAGCCAGACUUACAGUUGAUGGUUAUGGAUGACACAGGAACUUCAGAUUUGCAUCUCUGCAAUGACACCUGAUUAAGGCAAAGCUUGAAAACUGCACAUCUGCUAUGUUACCACAACUUGUAGUAGCUAUUACAGUUGUGAUUUCUCUCUAAGAUUUGAAGUCUGGGGUGAUGUCCCCUGGAAAGCAAGAGCAGAUAAUUAAUCUUUUAGGAUUGGAAGCAGAAAUAAUAUGAGAAUGCCCAGAAGAGGCUUAGUAAUUCAAGCCAGGACUCGUUGGCUGUUGGUGGGCCUUGCUUUACUAUUCAGUUUAGUCCUGCUCAUGUAUUUGCUGGAGUGUGCUCCACAAACAGAUGGCAAUGGAUCUCUGCCUGGUGUUGUAGGUGAAACCAUGGGUAAAGAAUACUAUCAAGCUCUCUUGCAGGAACAAGAAGAGCAUUAUCAAAACCGAGCUACCAGUCUGAAACGUCAGAUUGCCCAGCUAAAGCAAGAGCUUCAGGAAAUGAGUGACAAACUGAAAUCCCUGCAGGAAAAAAAGAGCCCUAAGGUUAAUGGCAUGAACUACCAGGGCACCAAGGAACAAACAUCCAAUGAUCUCCUAGAGUUUCUUCAUUCCCAGAUUGACAAAGCUGAGGUGAGCGUGGGGGCCAAGCUGCCGAGUGAGUAUGGAGUCAUUCCCUUUGAGAGCUUCACAUCCAUGAAAGUGUUCCAGUUGGAGAUGGGGCUCACUCGGCAUCCGGAGGAGAAACCUGUGAGAAAGGACAAACGAGAUGAGUUGGUGGAAGUUAUUGAGGCUGGCCUAGAAGUUAUCAAUAAUCCAGAUGAAGAAGAUGGACAAGAUGAAGAUGAUGGAGUAGGAGACAGGCAGCUGUAUAGUGAAAAUGAUUUUAUAGAAGGUUACUAUCGUACAGAGAGAGAUAAGGGGACACAGUAUGAGCUGUUUUAUAAGAAGAUGGAUGGCAUGGAGUACAGGCAUGUCACCUUGUUCCGACCUUUUGGACCCCUCAUGAAAGUGAAGAGUGAAACAGUCGAUAUUUCUAGAUCGAUCAUUAACGUUAUUGUUCCUCUUGCUGGAAGAACUGAGGCAUUUGCACAAUUUAUGCAAAACUUUAGGGAUGUGUGCAUUCAUCAGGAUAAGCGUGUUCACCUCACAGUGGUGUACUUUGGACAAGAUGGUCUAUCAGAAGUGAAAAGCAUCCUAGAAUCUGUGGCUAGAGAAACUGACUUCAACAAUUACACGCUUGUCUCUCUGAAUGAGGAAUUCAACCGGGGCCGAGGACUCGACAUGGGUGCCAGAGCCUGGGAAAAGGGCGAGGUGCUGAUGUUCUUCUGUGAUGUUGAUGUUUAUUUCACAGCCGAGUUCCUCAACAGCUGCCGCUUAAACGCUGAGCCCGGGAAAAAAGUUUUCUAUCCUGUGGUAUUCAGCCUUUACAAUCCUGCUAUUGUCUAUGCCAAUCAAGAUAUACCACCUCCUGUGGAGCAGCAAUUGGUGCACAAGAAGGAUUCUGGUUUCUGGAGGGAUUUUGGCUUUGGGAUGACUUGUCAAUACCGGACAGACUUUCUGACUGUUGGGGGCUUUGACUUGGAGGUGAAGGGCUGGGGCGGCGAGGACGUUCACCUGUACAGGAAGUACCUGCACGGGGAGCUGGUGGUGGUCAGGACGCCGGUGCCCGGGCUGUUCCACCUGUGGCACGAGAAGCACUGCGCGGACGAGCUGACCCCCGAGCAGUACCGCAUGUGCAUCCAGUCCAAGGCCAUGAACGAGGCGUCGCACUCGCACCUGGGCAUGCUGGUGUUCCGCGAGGAGAUCGAGGCACACCUGCGCAAGCAGGCCUACAGGACUAACAGCGAGGCCGCGGGCUGAGGGGCCGAGCCCAGGGACUUCGCUCUCGACCAGCACCGCUCUACAGCCUUAAUGCAGCUCACAAACACAGUGCCUCUCUUUUUCAGUGAAGAAGAGCUUAGGGGGUUUUUGCUUCUCGUGUUUGUUUUCCCAGUAAUCCUUUGACUGAUACCCACACGUGUGAGUUCAAGCGCCUCAGCUAAAUUGGAGGGCCCGUGUAGUUCAAGGAAAGUGUCUUCAGUGUCGACUGGAAAAAUCUCUGGAAUGUACAAUUCAACACUUUUCCAUGUGGUACAUCUCUGUUCUUAUGUUUGCAUUCUUUUGAGAAUUAAAUGAAAAAAUCUUUCGUGUCUUGAGUAUUUUCAGUCUGUAUGGCUCACUGCACUGUGACUUUAGAAGGAUCCCAUACUUAGACUUCAUUGUAGAAACAAGAAAAAGGUGGGGGAAAAUAAUCUCACCAUGAAAGGUACAUGGGCAUGCU